UCGGGGACGCGCACGGCGCGCGCUGCCGUGGAGGACGCGCUUAUCCGGUCGCGCGCGCGGCAACCCCGGCUCGGAGUGGAAGCCGAAGGCACCCGGGGGAGAAACGUGUAGAACAUGAAGAGGCAGGGGGCGUCCUCCGAGCGGAAACCAGCGUGGAUAGCGUCGGGGAAGGCGGGAGCAACAAAUGGAUUUCUCAUGGAAGUGUGUGUUGAUUCAGUAGAGUCAGCUGUGAAUGCAGAAAGAGGAGGUGCUGGUCGGAUUGAAUUAUGUUCUGGUUUAUUGGAGGGCGGAACCACACCCAGCAUGGGUGUCCUUCAAGUAGUGAAACAGAGUGUCCAGAUCCCAGUUUUUGUGAUGAUUCGGCCACGAGGAGGUGAUUUUUUAUAUUCAGAUCGUGAGAUUGAGGUGAUGAAGGCUGACAUUCGACUUGCCAAGCUUUAUGGUGCUGAUGGUUUGGUAUUUGGGGCAUUGACUGAAGAUGGACACGUUGACAAAGAGUUGUGCAUGUCCCUUGUGGCUAUUUGCCGUCCUCUGCCAGUUACUUUCCACCGAGCUUUUGACAUGGUUCAUGAUCCAAUGGCAGCUCUAGAGACUCUCUUAUCCUUGGGAUUUGAACGAGUACUGACCAGUGGAUGUGACAGUUCAGCAUUAGAAGGGUUACCUCUAAUAAAGCGACUCAUAGAUCAGGCAAAAGGCAGGAUUGUGGUAAUGCCAGGUGGUGGAAUAACAGACAGAAAUCUACAAAGGAUCCUUGAGGGUUCUGGUGCUACAGAAUUCCACUGUUCUGCUCGGACUUCCAGAGACUCAGGAAUGAGGUUUCGAAAUUCCUCUGUUGCCAUGGGAGCCUCACUUUCUAAUUCAGAAUAUUCUCUAAAGGUAACAGAUGUGACCAAAGUAAGGACUUUGAAUGCUAUUGCAAAGAAUAUCCUAGUUUAGCCAGACCUCUCCAUGAGACAUGGAUAUUGCAGUAUGAAGAAAGAAGAAUAAUCUACGAUUCUCUGAGACAAAGUUUUAACCUUCUUUGGCUAGGACAGUUAGUCAAGUUUCACAUGGCCAUGAAGUAUGUUUCCAAGAAGAAAAAGAAAUUGAAACAGAUACAGUCACUUCCUUUGCUUAGUCUUUCCAGCCUUUUCCAUCAUUAUGAUUAAAUCUGUUCUGUACUACAUUUACAGAGAGGCUUAGUCUAUCCUCAAUGGAACUAGUUGAUGAACUGAGAAAAUUCAUCUGCAAGAUAUGAAUUCAGCGUGGCUUCAGGGUUAAUUCGAUAGUUGUAGUAUUUUGCCUUUUCAUUUAUAAAAUUAAAAAAUUUCUUUCUAUUAUGA